GUAGUUGGACCUAUUUACCCGAUAAACCGCAUGUAUCUAAGUAGACAUGGCGGACACACGAAAACGUCCCAUUGUGAGUUUCACUGAGAAUAACCCAAAAGAAAAUGUUCCCAGGGAAGGCGGCACUGGCACAUCUGCAUUAUUUCUUAAGUUAUUUGCAGCAGCUUUCUAUGGGUUCUGUUCGUUCCUUAUCGUUGUCGUUAACAAGAGUCUUCUGACUAACUACAGAUUCCCGUCCUCUUUAGCAGUGGGAAUUGGACAAAUGUUUGCAACGGUUGUUGUGCUGCGAGGGGUGAAAUCAUUAAAUGUGGUAGAUUUCCCAGAUCUUGAUAGGCAUGUACCUCAUAAGGUGUGGCCACUCCCUUUAAUAUAUGUGGGAAAUCAGUUAACAGGCCUGUUUGGAACAAAACAACUGAAUCUGCCAAUGUUUACUGUACUCAGAAGAUUCUCCAUUUUAUUCACAAUGCUGUUUGAGAGUUACCUCCUAAAAAAGGAGUUUUCAUGGUCCAUAAAGGCAACCAUAUUCACCAUGAUCCUGGGAGCUUUUAUUGCUGCAAGUACGGAUUUAGCUUUCGACCUCCAUGGAUAUGUGUUCAUUACACUGAACAACAUUCUGACUGCUGCUAAUGGGGCUUAUAUGAAACAAAAACUGGACUCCAAGGAACUGGGAAAAUACGGGCUGCUGUAUUACAAUGCAUUAUUCAUGAUUAUUCCCACUAUGAUUUUAGCAUACUUAACUGGAGACAUUAAGAAAGCUUUGGAGUAUGAUGGUUGGGCUGACAUUUUCUUUGUGAUUCAGUUUGUGUUAUCAUGUGUCAUGGGGUUUAUACUCAUGUACUCAAUUAUGUUAUGCACCCAUUAUAACUCUGCUUUAACGACAACUAUUGUCGGCUGUAUCAAGAAUAUCUUUGUGACAUACAUCGGGAUGGUGUUUGGUGGAGAUUACAUCUUUACUUGGGUGAAUUUUAUUGGCCUAAACAUCAGUAUUGCUGGCAGUCUUGUGUACUCGUACAUCACUUUCACUAAGGAACCAAAAAAAAAAUGUUGACGGAAAAGUUUAAACAGGCAAAAGGGAGUCAAGAACCCAGUCAGCACUGUGUGCAGACGCAUUUCACAACACUGUGCAACUUUCUCAGCAACCUUGGUUUAAUUUAUUUUUUAUUUAUUUUAUUUUUUUUUUUUUUUUUUUUUUUUUUUGGAACAGUGUAUUUUGUUUUUCUUUAACAAUAUAUGAUUUAAUUUAAUUCAAUUACUUCCUUUGCUGGGUAUGAAAUAAGUAUUAUUUUUUGUCUUUGUAAAUGUUUUUUUUUUUUUUUUUUUAUUAUUAACUGUUAUUUUGAUUAUGUUUUGUUGUAACACGUGACAACGUGAUGCUGUUUAACCUGAAAUAAACUAGUGGUAUGAACAAGCUAAAUAACAUUGAAUAGCUAUAUAUAUACAGUUUCAUAAACACAUUUCUGUAUGACUGUUUCUGUCAUAAACAUAAGAAAAGAUUGAAGAGUUUAGGCUACUACUGUUGUGGAUAUGUUCUUUCCUAUGGUAUUUUGUAAAAAUUAUCUUCUGUUCCCCAACAAGCCGUCUCAGAUGGUUAUUUAAUGCAAAUUCCAAUUAUAUGUUUCUUGGUCUUGAAUAUAGAUAUUUUAGGAAAAAUUUAAAAAGGAAGGAGGGAUUCUGUACUAUUUGGAGAGACAAGGCUACAUUGGUUGACCUAGUCCAAGGUCCAACUGCAGUGUUCAUCAGAUUGGCAAGUUUGACAGACAUUUCAACCUUAUUUUUAUCCGAUUUUAGUUUGAACCAAACUGAAUUAAGGCUGAUGAUACAUGGGGCAACUUGUUUUGAGCAAUGUUGCUUGGAUGCUGUCCCAUUGAGAAUAGGUAACAAAUUUCUGUCUGGAUAAUUUAACUUGGUCGUGGGCCCUUUGUUUUAGCUGGUUGCCCGUUACUGAAAUCAUCUGGAGUUACUGGAGAGGCCCUUACAUACUAUAGCAGUAAUAUGGCAGUGGAUCAAUUUAAGUAUAUUCAUGAUUUUAUAUAAAUAUUCCUCUGCACUACUCCAAAAAUUAAAAUAAUAUCUAUUUUAUCUGCAAUGGUGGAUCCACCAGUGUGGAUUUCAAAAUCUCUGCUAUUUAAAAUGUAUUUUAUGCAUAAAUCCCACUCUAGACCAUUUCAAAUGAGAUUAAUGCUACAGUUACAUGAUGUUAACCAACCUGCUGACAAACAACUGGUGGCUAACAAAGUGGUGACAAGCAACAAAAAUGACAAUAAAUGCAGCAAAAAAAAAAAAGAAAAGAAAAAAAGAUAGUAAAGCAUUUCUAGUUUUCUAGUUUUUGUAGGCUGUG